AUAUAACCGGAGAAAAUGACCGACGUCGGAGAAGUUACCGUCAUGGACUGCAUUUACAAGAACCCAAAAGAAGCCGUAGAAGAUCGGAUUCAAGACCUUUUACAAAGGAUGACAGUUGAGGAGAAGAUCGGUCAGAUGACUCAGAUCCACCGCGGCGUCUCCUCGGCCGCCGUCGUCAAAGACUUCUUCAUCGGGAGUGUAUGCAACUCCGCCGGGAAAUCAGGGAAUGAUGUGAUGUCAGCGGAUUGGGCGAAGAUGAUCGACGGCUUUCAGACGGCGUCGCUCGAGACUCGUCUCGCCAUACCAAUCAUCUAUGGCUUAGACGCCGUUCACGGGAACAACAAGUUCUACGGUGCCACCAUUUUUCCUCACAACAUAGGACUAGGUGCCACAAGGGACGCUGAUUUGGCUAGAAGGAUUGGCUCAGCGACUGCUCUGGAAGUUAGGGCAAGUGGAGCUCAAUGGGCAUUUGAACCUUGUGUGGCUGUGUGCAAAGAUCCGAGAUGGGGAAGAUGUUUCGAGAGCUACAGCGAAAACACCGACGUUGUCUGCAACAUGACAUCCAUCGUUUCCGGUCUGCAAGGAACUCCACCGGAAGGACAUCCCGCCGGUUACCCUUUCCUAGCCGGAAGAAACAAUGUGGUUGCAUGUGCAAAGCAUUUUGUUGGAGAUGGUGGUACAGAAGAGGGAAAUAAUGAAGGAGACACGGUGGCUUCAUACGAAGACUUGGAGAGGAUUCAUAUGGCUCCUUACUUGAACUGUCUUGCUCAAGGUGUCUCCGCGGUUAUGCCUACUUAUUCUCGUUGGAACGGACGCAAACUCCAUGCAGACCGUUUCCUCUUGACGGAGAUUCUCAAAGAUAAACUCGGUUUUAAGGGAUGUUUGGUUUCAGAUUGGGCGGGAAUCGACAAGAUGGGUGAGCCACGUGGUUCGAACUACCGUGAAUGUGUGGAAGCUGCUAUCAACGCUGGGAUUGAUAUGGUCAUGGUUCCUUACAAGUAUGAGAAGUUCAUCACUGAUCUAACAUCUCUGGUAAAGUCUGGGGAAAUACUUAUGUCGAGGAUCGAUGACGCGGUCGAGAGAAUCCUGAGAUUGAAGUUCACAGCCGGUCUUUUCGAACAUCCUUUCUCUGACAAAUCAUUACUGAAGUUUGUUGGCUGCAAGGAACAUAGAGAGAUAGCUCGUGAAGCGGUUAGAAAAUCUUUAGUUCUGUUGAAGAACGGAAAAGAUUCAGAGAAACCGUUUCUUCCGCUAGAUCGAAACGCAAAGAGAGUUUUGGUGGCUGGAACUCACGCAGACGAUCUUGGGUUUCAGUGCGGUGGUUGGUCCAAGACUUGGCAGGGUCAGAGUGGUAGGAUCACGAUCGGAACAACGGUUUUGGACGCUGUCAAAGCGAUUGUAGGAGUGGAAACUGAAGUGGUUUACGAGAAGAGUCCUUCGGAGGAGACUCUGUCGGGCAAGGAUUUCUCCUACGCCAUUGUUGUCGUUGGGGAACCUCCGUAUGCGGAGUCACGAGGCGACGAUCCUGAACCGUCCAUACACUUCGAUGGGGCUGAGGUAAUUAGAUUGGUGGCUGAGGAAAUCCCGACGGUGGCGAUUCUGAUGACGGGACGACCAGUGUUUUUGGAUCCGACGGUGUUGGAGAAGGUUGAAGCUUUGGUGGCGGCUUGGUUGCCCGGAACCGAAGGAGAUGGGAUAGCUGACGUGGUGUUCGGAGAUUACGAUUUCACUGGUAAGUUGCCGAUUUCGUGGUUCAGAACGACGGAGCAGUUGCCGUUGAACCCGGAAGCUGAUGGGUAUGAUCCGUUGUUCCCAUUCGGGUUUGGACUGAAAUGUUAGAAAGAAUAAUAAGUGGGAAAAAAUAUGUAAGAUAAAUCAAAAUAGGUACCGGGUUUAGUCCGGUACUCCGGUUCUCUCAUUUGCUCACUUCUCAGUUACAUAU